AAGGGAAUAUGUCUUCCACUUCAGCUUCGCCCAUCAGCAACAUAACCGUGGACGACGAGCUUAACAUAAGCAGAGAACAAGACUUUGUCGAGGAGGAUUUCAUUGUCAUCAAGGAGGAGCGCGAAAGCAGCCUGUCACCAAUGUUGACGCCACCGCACACGCCCACCGAAGAGCCGCUGCGGCGCACAGCCUCCGAUGAGGCGGUGGCCACGCAGCUACAUUUGCGACACAUGGCGCACUACCAGCAACAGCAGCAGCACCAGCAGCAACAGCACCAGCAGCAUCAACAGCAACAGCAACAUCAGCAGCAGCAACAACAUCAUCGCCUCUGGCUGCAGAUGCAACAGCAGCAUCCGCAUGGUCAUUAUCCGGUUUAUGCCGGAGCCAAUGCCGAUCCCGUGGCCGUGCAUCAGCAGGCGUUGCUCAUGAACCAAUGGAUACGUAAUGCCGCCAUCUACCAGCAGCAGCAACAGCAACAACAGGCAGCAGCUGCUGCAGCUGGUCAUCACCAUCAUCCGCACCCGCAUCCACAUCCCCAUCAUCCGCACCAUCACGGCCAUCCCCAUGCCCAUGGCCAUCCCCAUGUGCGUCCCUAUCCCGCUGGACUGCAUACGCUGCAUGCGGCCGCUCGCCAUUUUGGAGUUAUGCCCAGUUUGAAGCUGAGCGGCGCUGCAGCAGCCGGUGCCACAGGCGGUGGCGGCGGCAGCAGCCGGCCCAAGAAGCAGUUCAUCUGCAAGUACUGCAAUCGCCAGUUCACCAAGUCCUACAAUCUGCUCAUACACGAACGCACCCACACGGACGAGCGUCCCUAUUCCUGCGACAUCUGCGGCAAGGCCUUCAGACGUCAGGAUCAUCUGCGUGAUCAUCGCUACAUACACUCGAAGGAGAAGCCAUUCAAGUGCAACGACUGCGGCAAGGGCUUCUGCCAGUCGCGCACGCUGGCCGUGCACAAGGUCACCCACUUGGAGGAGGGUCCGCACAAGUGUCCCAUCUGCCAGCGCAGCUUCAAUCAGCGUGCGAAUCUCAAGAGUCAUCUGCAGAGCCACAGCGAAUCAGCCACAGCUGCUCAGGCAGCAGCAGCAGCUGCAGCAGCAGGAGCAGCAGUUCCACGAUCCAGCCAACCAUUGAGCUCAGCAGUUCAGCCUGCGCAGCUGGUUAGUCCCGGCUCCAAUCAUAAUACGCCCGCUUUGGAUCUGUCGUCGUCAGGCGGUGCCACUGCGGAGCGGCCCAAGCGAACGCUGGGCUUCACCAUCGAUGAGAUCAUGAGCAGAUAGAUGAGUCAGCUGAUCGCA